AUGAUCGAAUGGGUCUACGUGAUCGAUCUCGACCAAGAAAUUAUCCACAUUCAAUCUCGAUCAGCGAAGAAAGGUUUCAGACUACAAUCCAUACCUAGGCAGCUACAAUGGGCAGAAGGUCUUGAAGAAGGAGAAGAAGAAGAAGAAGAAGCAGACGAAGACGUAGACGUAGAUGAUGAAGCGGAAGAGAGGAGGGGGAAAGAAGAAGGUGAGGGAGACCGAGAGGAGGAGGAUGAUAAAGAGGAAGAGGAAAUGCCAACGAUGACCACGACUGGGCAGGCCAUUGCAUCACUCCCAGAACCCUUUGCUCCAUCACGAGCUUCGCUCGACAGAUACGACUUGCUUAAGGUCAGGAAAGUGAAGCCAAGGGGACUUAGCGACCUGUCAGGCGAGAGGGCAUACACCCACGCCCUUCGAGAGUGGCUUUUCAAGCAAUUUAUUGGGAAUUGGGACGCCUGGUUGGCAAGGCGCCUCCUGGAUUGCCGACCGCACGAGUUCAUAUACCGCGAGGUCGUUUUCGCGAUAAUAUCCUUAGCUUCUGGUGAUUUCAAAUUUCUUGCAAAUCAGUCGCCUCCGUCCAAAGGAGAUGAGGUUCUCGAAGUACGUCUCGGAAGUCCAAAUGGUCCCAGCAUAUUGCCCGAUUUUGGAAGCGGCAUGCAUGCCUUGAACACUCUUCCUGGUUCGGCCCCCGCCAGCACUACUUAUUGGUUCAAAGGUGUUUUGGUCGUGUUGGUAGACGCUUCUGUUGCUGAAGAUGGAAUCAAAGCUGCUAUCGCUGCAGCCACCGAUUUGGGGCAAAAAUCAGGCCACAAACUGUUUGACGCUCUCAUAAUCCAUCUUCUAACUUUUACACUUCUGCUCACGAGCUUACCUGGGCCAGCAACAAAUCUGGACUCCGGGCAUGUCCGUGGUAAUAGGGAUGCCUUCAGUGUAUUGAUGGAAAUUUUCAAUGUCGCAGCUGCAUACACUUUGAAGCCGUUCAAGCCAGUCGGCCAUAUCCGAUUGUCGCAACAGCCCAGCCUGACCCCCAUACCGGAUGAGGAGACGAGAUUCAUCCACCAUACGGUGAAGGGGAUCUCCUCGACCACUUCUGAUUGGAUCAUAUAUGAUGCCAUUGAGGGCCGAGACGUCGAGAGCCAUGUCCACGCUGCGUCUGGUCCGGGUCAGUGGGCGCCAGUCAUUGGGCACGGCGACAGGCAAAGCAUGAUGGUAGACUGCGCAAUCCACAUUUUAGCUUUAGCAUCCCACCCAUUCCCAACAGCCGAGGACCACCAAAUUGAACUACACGAUGCUGAGUUUUAUUCCCUACGCGCCAGAGAAAAGAGUCUAGGACACGAGCUUGAAGUUUUCGGCCUCAGACAUUUCGGCUUCGAACAUUUCUGCAUCCCGAAAUUCGCCAGCGUCAGGGACGUGUCAUCGGCCUGGAAGGGCUAUCUAGAUUACAAGCUGAUGAAAUCGUGGCCGACAGAUGAGAAUUUGAUGUGGGAGUACUCUCCGCUGGAGCAUCGAUAUCUCCUGCCUUGCAAUACUGCGAGUUGCCCCAUAGAGAUAUACGGAAGACAUGUUACAAAUGCCCGUGGCAUGAAAUGCACUGAAAUGGGUGGCAUGAUCUGGCUCAGAAAAGCUGUCGACCUUGAGUUGGAGUCGGUACGGCAAAGAACGCUUACAGAAGCUCAAGAGUUCUUAAGCAGUAAGGUAUGGCAGGAAGCGGAGCGCACUCAGCCCAUGCGUAAGGGGUUGCUUGUUGUAGCGUUUGGCACUAAGGCGCAGUGUUUCGACUGGAGCUUUACUGACAACCCUACCGAUGUGCAGCCGGUGCUGACUCCGGUUGUGGAGGAGGCAGCGGUACUAGACGUCGCAAUCAAGGAUCAACGAGAUCGGUUUGAGCAGAUAUUCGGGAGAUGGUGCGACGAAGUUCAGGCUGCGAGCGUAGCUAAGCACUCUACCGUUGCGGUUAAGGAAUGCGAGCAUGCUGAUACGGACUCGUUGGACUAA